AUAUGGAUCGUUUCCUAUGCAAAGAAGUAAUAUGGUAGAGACAUCUUCCUUUUACUACACAGUCUCCAAUGAAGAUCAUCAGUAUACAGGCAUUAUCUAUUUACUUAAACAUUUUGGGUGGAUCUGGGUUGGACUUUUGGCUGGAGAUGAUGAAAGUGGAGAGCGUUUCUUGAAAAAACUGGAGUCAUUAUUUCUCCAGAAUAAGAUAUGUCUAGCCUUUGUUCAAAGAAUGCCAGUUGAUAGCCGGUUCCCCGAAAUUGACGAACUGAAAACUAUUUCUGCCAAUACUAAUGAGUUCUACUCAGAUCCAAAAGUUAACACCCUUGUUGUCUAUGGUGAAACUCUAACUGUAAUGUGGCUAAGCACUGCGUUAUUUUUCGCGGGUGUUAACUAUACUGAAAAGGUGUGGAUUAUGACAGGCCAGAUUGACUUUGCUUCAACAGUCUUUUCAAAGCACUGGAAAUACGAAAUAUUCCAAGGUGCCUUUCUUUUUGCGAUCCACUCCAAUGAACAUGAAGAGUUUCAGAUCUACCUUCAGAAUAUAAAACCAACCAAGGCACAACCUGAUGACUUUUUCAAGGAGUUCUGGGAACAAGCCUUUGGUUGCUCUGUUCCUGAUCCUACGAAUCUAAUAGAGGCUCACAAAUUUUGUAGUGGGACAGAAUCCUUGAGGGAUCUUCCAGGGAUUCUGUUUGAGAUGGUCAUGACUGGACAUAGCUACAGCAUCUACACUGCAGUCUUUGCUGUGUCCCAUGCAUUAAAUGGCCUGGAUUUAUCUAGAUCAAAACAUAAAGCAAUCAGGAUUACAAGACAUCUUGAAGAGAUAAACCCUUGGCAGCUUCACCGCUUCCUUCAGACCCUUUCAUUUAACAACACAGAUGGAGAAAUGGUCUCCUUUAAUGAGAAUAAGGAGAUGGGAUAUGGAUUUGAUAUAGUAAACAUGCUUAUUUUCUCUAAUAACUCUUUUCAUAAAGUGAAGGUUGGAAGGAUGGGGACCAAGGAUUCUCAAGGGAAAAAAAUCAUCAUUGAGACUGACAAGAUUAAAUGGCAUGGAAGCGUUAGCAAAGUCCAUCCUCUUUCCUUGUGUAAUCCUUAUUGCCAGCCUGGUUCUCAAAAGAGAAAAAAAGAAGGAGAGAAAUUUUGCUGCUAUGGAUGUGUUCGGUGUCCAGAAGGGAAGAUUUCCAAUGAAAGAGAUACAGAAGAUUGCUUCACAUGUCCAUCUGAUCAGUAUCCAAACCAGAAACAAGAUGAAUGUUUUCCCAAAAUGAUCGUUUUUUUGUCUUAUGAAGAACCUCUGGGCAUCUCCUUAGCCACAAGUGCCAUCUUCUUCUUCUCAGUCACAAUUUCAGUAUUAAAAAUAUUCCACCUGCACAAAGAUAGUCCCAUAGUCAAAGCCAACAACCGGGACCUCACCUAUGCUCUUCUCAUCUCUCUUUUGCUCUGCUUCCUCUCACCUUUCCUAUUUCUUGGUAGGCCCGGGGUAAUGACCUGCUUCCUUCGGCAACCAGCCUUUGGCAUCAUCUUCUCACUGGCUGUUUCCUGUGUGUUAGCCAAAACUAUUACUGUGGUGGUAGCUUUCAUGGCCACCAAGCCAGGAUCCAAUAUGAGGAGGUGGGUGGGAAAGAGGCUCACUGGUUUUAUUGUCCUUUCCAGCUCUUCCAUCCCAGUAGGCAUUUGUGCUGUAUGGCUAACAAUCUCUCCUCCAUUCCCCAAUUUGGACAUGGACUCACUGACUACUGAGAUGGUAGCAGAGUGCAAGGAAGGUUCUGUUGUUAUGUUCUAUCUUGUCUUAGGCUACUUGGGAAUUCUGUCCAUAAUCAGCUUCAGUGUUGCUUUUCUAGCUAGGAAGUUGCCAGAUAGUUUCAACGAAGCCAAAUUCAUCACCUUCAGCAUGCUGGUAUUCACCAGUGUUUGGUUGUCAUUUGUUCCAACUUACCUGAGCACCAAAGGAAAAUAUAUGGUAGCUGUGGAGAUCUUUUCCAUUUUGGCUUCCAGUGCUGGGCUUUUGGGAUGCAUAUUUUUCCCCAAAUGUUUCAUAAUGGUGCUGAGGCCUGAACUGAACAACAAGGAGCAGCUCAUGAGAAGAAAGCAGAUGCAAAAAUAAUACACAAUGAAUAUCUACUAUGGGACAGAUACAGUGGACUUUAUGUAUCUGCUGA